AUGAGAGCGAUCCGCCUCGCAGCAAGGCUGGGUUGCAAACAGGCAGAACCAGAUUCCCCAAGUAGAAAGUAAUCAAUUUGCCUGUCUACUGCAGUUGCAGAAGUCAGCUUCUCUCUCGCACUGCUGCACUUGAAGAUGAGCCCUUGGACAAUUAUUUAAGGACUAGGAGCAGAAAGCAUGAUGAAAAGACUUACUGGAAUGCCACUCAAAACACAAUACUUGGGAAAAUAUUCAAACCAAUAUUUUUCACAUUAUACUCAAGCUUAGCCUCCAGAGUUCCCUUCUAAAGGAUAACACAGAAAGACUGUCAUCAGCACAGGAUCCAAAGGUUAUUGAUACCUCUCCAUGGAUAUUACUGCAUUCAAGAAGACAAGCACAUAUUAAAGAGAUGUCUUCAAGCAAGUUCUUGAAAUACUUUUCUAUGUUCAAAAGCAAACAGGGAAAUUUAGGUUGACUGCAGAGAGCAGACUGCAAGCUAUGCCCACAGCCAUUUGAAAGGGAAACAAGUGAAAAAGAAGAAACUGGAGUUAAGUCCCUGUGUUACAAGAGAAGUAAAGAAUAAAGAAAAAAACUGAGCACAAGAAUCAUGAGAGAUCGCCUCCAGGAGCUUAAACUCCGAGCCAAAGAACUACAGACAGCUGGAGAAAAUAGCUGUCCACCUGUACAAGAAGAGCAGGAAGAGUUUGAACAGCAGGCCAUUAUUUAUGAAAGGGAACCUAUAACUGAAAGGCAUUUCCAUGAAAUCCAGAAGCUUCAGAACGAGAUCAACAAUUUGGUGGAGGAAGUUCAAAAAUUCAGUCAACAACAAAAAAGUUUAGUAUCUUCAAUGAGAAGGUUCAGUGUUCUUAAAAAGGAAUCUAACACAGCAAGAGAAAUAAAAAUUCAAGCAGAGCAUAUACGAAAGGGUUUGGAUGAACUGUCAAAAACAGUGAAAAAAGCUGAAAGUGAAUAUGGGAUAUCACGUGCCAUAGUAAGAAUUUUAGCUUCCCAGCACACUUUCCUGUCCCGGUGUUACCUAAAUGCCAUGCUUUCAUACAAUGAAGCUAUAACAGCCAAGCAAGAGAAAUGCAGAAGGUUUAUUGUUCGUCAGCUUGAGGUAGCAGGUAAAGAGGUAUCUGAGGAUGAAGUCAACGAUAUGUUUCAACAAGGAAAAUGGGAGAUUUUCAAUGAAAAUCUACUCACUGAAGCCAAAAUCACUAAAGCUCAGCUUUCAGAGAUUGAACAGAGACACAAAGAACUGAUCAGCCUAGAGAGUCAGAUCAAAGACCUGAAGGAACUUUUCAUCCAGAUAUCAGUUCUGGUGGAAGAGCAGGGGGAGAUGAUUAACAACAUUGAAAUUAGUAUGAACAACACUCAAGAAUACACCCAAAUAUCCAAAGAAAAAUUUGGACUUGCAGUCAGGUAUCGAAAAAGAAACCCUUGCAAAGUAAUAUGCUGCUGGUGUUGUCCAUGCUGCAAGUGACAAAGGAAAUGACCUUUGUAAGUAGCAGCAGCUCCUAUGCAGUAAACUGAACUUAUCAACCAAUCCCAGGAUUCUCUUAUUGCGUCAUUUUUCUUCUCUUUCCCCCUUCCACACAUCUACUGAGGAAAAACUGCACCUGCUUUUCCAAAUUGAGUUCAAAGAUUGACAAGAGAUCUUCACCUUUGCCUAAAUUUUAUGGCUU